AUGACUUCUGAUUCAUUAAGAAGGAAUCCACUAAGUGAAAAACAACAUCAAAUUAUUGCAGAUGUCGUUUGCCGUGGACUGAAAUUUGACGAUGUACAUUAUACCACUUUUGAGAAUUCAUCAAACAAAGAAAGUUCUCCUAAUUCUACUGAUACACAGAAAGAUCGCUGUACAACCGAUUCAAUUUAUCCUCUUACCAACAGUGUUACUUGUGCAAUGCAAUCAACAUCACCAGCUAGAUCAAUAUUUUUACCUGUAAACCAAACUAAUUCGAAUAUGUCAAAUAUCUAUGGUGGAGGUUUUCGUUACCAUGUUCGUCGACCUGUGGAAUCAUGGAAAUUUUUCGAGACAAAUAAAAGUGAUGGCUCCAAAGUCUAUCUGUGUAGAUUAUGUGGUUCUAGCUAUAAACACAAAAAAUCACUAAAUAAACACUGGAAAGAUAAGCACUUUACAGAAUUGAGUAAUGCUGAGGGAAAUUUUCAAGGUGAUGGAGAAUUGGAUGAAGCUGAUGAUGGAGAUGGAGAUGAUUCUGAAGGUGAUGGAAAGCCAUUGAAUAGUAGUUAUAAUACUCCGCUUUCAUCCAUUGAGAAUAAGCCGAAUAAUGCUUAUUUGGAGGGAGGAGAGAAUUAUGCAUAUAAGAGUCCUGGUUCAAUGGGUCAAAGAUAUAGUAUGAUGAUUGAGAAUACUGAGAACUGUCCACCGGACCCAAGUCACUUAAUGCUUCGGAGGACGCCAAAUGAAAAAAAUGGAAAUGAUUUGAAAAGUGAGAACGUUGUUAGUAGGUCUAAUACGAUUGCUGAGGUGCACAAAUCUGGUCGUCUGUCGGUACCAGGAGAUUAUCCAAAUCGGUUUCCUGUUGGUCGUAAGCGUUUGUCGGUUGUACCUUGUUCUUCUCCAGUGGUUCAACCAAAGAUGCUCAGUCGAGUUUCUGAAUUUGGAGUGAAACGUGUUCGAUCACCUGACACUGAUUAUAUAAAUAUGAAUAGCAAACGAAGACACAGUGUGCUUUCACGUGGGAGAGCUGAUUCUACUAUUGAUGUGAAAGAGAAAAUUUCUGAAUCGUCAUGUUUUUCAAACAGAAACACUCCAGAUGAUGAGAUGGCAUCGAGUUGUACGACAAGUCGGUUAGGCUUGAAUUCUGUAGAUCAACAUGCGAGUGAAAUUACUUCAGACGAAAUGGAACCGCUUGACUUAUCAGUUGUGAAGCUAAUGGCGACUGAAACUGACUGUGGACGACAGUUAAACGAGUUUGAUUUUAGCCCUAGUAGCACAGUAGAUGUGGUCAAAACCGAUGUUGGCACUAUGAGUAAUUCAGAGAAGAUAGAACAGGAAAAAUUAGUAUCGGUAACGUCGAAUGCCACUUUAUUGGAGAAUAGUGGUAAGAACAGGAAGAGAGAAAGUCGUGUUAGUCGUACUUUGUUGAUUGGGUUGUUGCAAACAGCACUGAGUACUUUGGAGAAUGAAGUUGACGACAAGUUGGGUGAAUCAUUCGAAUCUAGCUUUGAGUUAUCUGCUACAUCAGCUAGUCUGCUUUUAGCUGUUGGUAGUUUGUUGGUUACUUUAUCUGAGAAGAGGUCGGGUAUGUGUUCUGUUGUUGCUCCGGUCGAAGCAUAUGUGAGUAAGAAUAAUGUGGAUGAAGUAACUAAUGGCAAAUCAAAUUCAGGUUGUGAUGGUACUGGUAUGUUGACAACAGGUAGUGAAAAGUUGGUCGUUAGUUCUGGGAAUUGUUUUCAAGUAUCUUCCAGUGAGGUGUUUCCUCGUCAUGUUGAUGAUCAUUCGCAUUCGCAAGAUGAUUGUACUUCUAGAUCGCUAGAAAUGCGGAGGUUUGGUGGGAAGGAGGAAGAUAGUUGUGUGGAUCGUGUCGUAGAAUGCAGGAAGGAUAGGGGAUCACUUUCUGCAUAUGAUUAUGGUAUUAAUGAGAAUGAGAUUUCAUUUGAAGCUCUGGAUAAUAGUUCAUCAAUAACAGGUAUCGAAGGCAUGAAGAAGUGUGAUGGGUUGGAACCAGUGAUCAUUUGUCCUGUAUGUAAAUUUGGUGCGCGUUGGUUCAGUGAAUUGCGUGCUCACAUGGUGAAUCAUUCUGAGCAUCGAAUGUUCGGUUGUUGUUAUUGUCAUUAUCGAGCUAAGUGGAAGUGGGAUGUUGCGAAACACAUGCGCCGAUGCCCAUUGGGUCGUCACGUUUCUCAUUUACAGAAUGAGGCAUUAUUGCGUAUAGUCAGAUACUAUCCACCUCCAGAGGAUGAUAUUUUGUAUAGUUACUUUCCGCAGAAUGGUUUUCCAGGUGUUGGAGUUGAUCAUCCUCCAACACCACCGAUAAAUUCAGGGAAGCGUAGUGGUUAUGAACGAGUUCAUGUAUACGAUUGUGAAGGUAAAGAUUGUUCAUUAGUUCCGAGUCGUUUGUAUUGUGAGAGUGAGGGGAGAGGUGUGGUUAAGGAGUUAUUUUGUGAGAAGAGACUGGAAAAUGGGAAUGGUGGAGUGUCAACUUCGGUAUCCGAUGCUAACAAUGUACAUCAUUGUUAUGCGCUGGAAGAAAGUGAGGUUAAAGUUGUUGGUGACUGUGAAGAAAAUGAAUCUGGUGGUUUACUAAUAGUAGACGAAGAUGGUGAGAAUGUUGAGAAGAUUUCGGAAGUGAGUAGUGAUGCAGUAAGUAUAGAUGGGGCGAGAGAGCGUGUUUGUUCUACGGGUGACCGAUGUAGUCGACAAAACGACGAUGAGGAUAUUAAUAAAUCAGAUCUCAUCUGUCGAGUACGUAAAUGUCCAUUAUGUGAAUUUCAUUCAACAGAUACAAUUGAAUUCCAGACUCAUUGGAAUUCACACUGCCCAUAUACGAAUGAAACAGUGAACCCUACCAAGAGUUGACGUUACGUAGAAGAAUUAUUCAUCGGGAAACUCUCUUUUCUUUAUUUCAUUUAAUUGAAGUCUACAGUUCAGAUGUAUAUACAAAUAUUGUUGUUAAUUUAAUUGCUUUUCUGGUAUUUUUAUGUGGAUUAGAAGUCAUUGAAUCAUUCACAUUUCCAUGUAUAGUUUUGAUUUCCUGUAGUUUAUAUACAUACUUUUCAUGAAAAUCUGUAAUUUCAUUAUAGUAUUUUGAUUUUUUGUUUGUACACUUACUGAACUAUCGAAAAAUUAUUGCAAAUAGGGCUUAUUUUUCACUUUUUACAAUUAACAUUUGUGAAACUCUUCAUUUUGAAUCAUGUUUUUGAUUAAUGGUUGUUUAUUUACUUGUCUUU